CUGCACGCUCCAGCCCUUCCUGACCCCCUUUGGUCUUCUGUGUCUCCCUCUUUCCCACCGCAGCGGUCUCCUGGAUCCUCCUCAGUCUCCAAGCCCACUUCCUGGCUUGGGCCUGUGCCCUCCAGUGUUACCUCCUCAGACCAGAAGUUAGUGUCCCUGCUACCUAAAACAGUACCUCAGGCCCGUGUUAUCCCAUUCUAUGGCUCUUCCCACUGUUAACGCUCUGAAGUCAUCCCCUUUGUCUGUUUGUCUGUCUGCACUGUAGGACCCAGGUUCUGUGAGCCAGGACUUCUGGUCUGUUCAUCACUAGAUCUUUAGCUUAGCAUAGCGUGGGCACCACAGCAAUGUUUGGUGAGCGUGGGAAAGAAUGAAGGUAAACAAGAGGUAGGACUGUCUUUGUGGUACAGCCCCCUCCUGGAUGGAACCCAGGGGCCCCUAGGCUAGGGCCUGUGGUGUUGCCAUGGUAACCACUGACCUGGAGAGCCCUUUGGAGAGGCCACAGCUGCUGCCUCCUAGGGUCCAAAUUCUCCUGUGUGUCCCCACCAAUGUGGAGCCAGGGAAGAGAAAAGAGAGACUGGGAGCGAAUAAUCAAGAGGAAAGCAUGCCCUGGUGCUGGAGGUGAUAGACACAGGCCAUGGCAACGCCAUUCCUCUGAGAGCUGGAUUGAAAGAUGUCUCAAUGAGAGCGAGAACAAACGCUAUCCCAGCCACACAUCUCUGGGGAGUGUGUCUAAUGAUGAAAAUGAGGAAAAGGAAAAUAAUAGAGCCUCCAAGCCUCACUCCACGCCCGCCACUCUGCAAUGGCUGGAGGAAAACUAUGAGAUUGCCGAAGGCGUCUGCAUCCCUCGCAGUGCCCUCUACAUGCACUACCUGGAUUUCUGUGAGAAGAAUGACACCCAGCCUGUCAAUGCUGCCAGCUUCGGGAAGAUCAUAAGGCAGCAGUUCCCUCAGCUGACCACCAGAAGACUCGGGACCCGAGGACAGUCAAAGUACCAUUACUAUGGGAUAGCAGUGAAGGAAAGCUCCCAGUAUUAUGAUGUGAUGUAUUCAAAGAAAGGAGCUGCCUGGGUGAGCGAGACAGGCAAGAGGGAAGUGACCAAACAGACGGUGGCCUACUCUCCCCGGUCCAAGCUUGGGACAUUGCUGCCAGACUUUCCAAAUGUCAAAGACCUGAAUCUGCCAGCCAGUCUUCCUGAGGAAAAGGUGUCGACCUUUAUUAUGAUGUACAGAACGCACUGUCAGAGAAUACUGGACACUGUCAUAAGAGCCAACUUUGAUGAGGUUCAAAGUUUCCUUCUGCACUUUUGGCAAGGAAUGCCACCCCACAUGCUGCCCGUGCUAGGCUCCUCCACGGUGGUGAACAUCGUGGGCGUGUGUGACUCCAUCCUCUACAAGGCCAUCUCGGGAGUGCUGAUGCCCACAGUGCUACAGGCAUUACCUGACAGCCUAACUCAGGUGAUCCGGAAGUUUGCCAAGCAGCUGGACGAGUGGCUGAAAGUGGCCCUCCAUGACCUCCCAGAGAACCUGAGGAACAUCAAGUUUGAAUUAUCAAGAAGGUUUUCCCAAAUUCUGAGAAGGCAAACAUCGCUGAAUCAUCUUUGCCAGGCCUCUCGAACGGUGAUCCACAGUGCAGACAUCACGUUCCAGAUGCUGGAGGACUGGAGGAACGUAGACCUGAACAGCAUCACCAAGCAGACGCUCUACACCAUGGAGGACUCUCGAGAUGAGCACCGCAGACUCAUCAUCCAGUUGUACCAGGAGUUUGACCAUCUGCUGGAGGAGCAGUCGCCCAUGGAGUCUUACGUAGAAUGGCUGGACACCAUGGUAGACCGAUGCGUUGUGAAGGUGGCUGCCAAGAGACAAGGGUCCCUAAAGAAAGUCGCACAACAGUUCCUGUUGAUGUGGUCUUGCUUUGGUACAAGAGUGAUCCGGGACAUGACCUUGCACAGUGCUCCCAGCUUCGGGUCUUUUCACCUAAUUCACCUGAUGUUCGACGACUACGUGCUCUAUUUGCUAGAGUCUCUGCAUUGCCAGGAGCGGGCCAACGAGCUUAUGCGAGCCAUGAAGGGCGAAGGAAGCACUGCGGAAGUCCAGGAAGAGAUUAUCUUGACCGAGGCUUCCCCACCCACCCCUUCACCAGUACCAUCAUUUUCUCCAGCAAAAUCUGCCACCUCUGUGGAAGUGCCACCUCCAUCCUCCCCCGCCAGCAACCCAUCCCCUGAGUACACUGGCCUCAGCACAACAGGAGCAAUGCAGUCCUAUACGUGGUCGCUGACAUACACAGUGACCACAGCUGCUGGGUCCCCCGCUGAGAACUCCCAACAACUGCCCUGCAUGAGGAGCACCCACAUGCCUUCUUCGUCGGUCACUCACCGGAUACCGGUCUACUCCCACAGAGAGGAGCAUGGGUACACGGGAAGCUAUAACUACGGGAGCUAUGGCAACCAGCAUCCUCACCCAAUGCAGAGCCAGUAUCCAGCCCUGCCUCACGACACGGCCAUCUCUGGACCACUCCACUACUCCCCUUACCACAGGAGCUCUGCACAGUACCCUUUUAAUAGCCCCACUUCCAGGAUGGAACCUUGUUUGAUGAGCAGUACUCCCAGGCUGCAUCCUACCCCAGUCACUCCCCGCUGGCCAGAGGUGCCAACAGCCAACACAUGCUACACAAGCCCGUCCGUGCAUUCCACGAGGUAUGGAAACUCUAGUGACAUGUACACACCCUUGACCACGCGCAGGAAUUCUGAGUACGAGCACAUGCAACACUUUCCUGGCUUUGCUUACAUCAACGGAGAGGCCUCCACUGGAUGGGCUAAGUGACUGCUUUCAUAGGAAUCCAUAUUUAAUAUUAAUAAUUAAUAAUAAUAAUAAACCCAAUACCCACCCUCCAGAAGACUUUAUCUCUAUACAUCGUAACUCGCGGGCUGUCCCUAAGCAUCCAUUUUCCUAAUGAACAAGAGGAUGUUCAACAUGGGAUGAAUAGACUUUAGUUCAGAAACAGGACUUACUAAAAGUCACUGGGAUUGGGUUCCUGUAGCCAAGCCAGACCUGACUGCUUCUAUAGAGCACUAUUGUGGGCAGGCAAUCUGUGCCUUUCCCCUCUGUUCCAUGACCUUGCAUGGCAACCACUCCCUGAAGGGUACUUACUUUCCUGUUGACAAAGCUCUUUAGUCUUGAAGGAUGGAUACUGGAGCCAGACUCUGGUUUGUGCUCUUGGAUGGGCACAUAAUUUACCAAGAGCAUUUGCCUUGCCACGAGUGUCAUCUCACGGUCCAGUUAGCAGCCCUCAGCCAUGUUCUCCACCUCCUACUUCCUGGUGGUGUCAUCACUACUUCCUGGAGCCCUAGGGCCAAAUGGAAGUUCCUGAAAAUGCUAAGCAACCUGUUCCACUCAUACCUGCAUAGCACCUGCAUUGUUUUGGAAUGUAAGCACUGUUCUGAGGACCGAAGAGGCCUGUUGCAUUUGCCUUUAGUUGAUUGAUGUCUGUAGGGACCAGUUCUUCUACGUUCAAGGAUUUGUCCUACAUUUGCACAAUGGCUAGCAUCAGCAAAAGGCAGGAGAGGGGUUUCUUAAGUUCUGUGGGAAAUGUGGAUUUAUGGCACUAAGCAUCAUUCUUUGCUGUGUUGCUUUGUGAAGCUGGAUGGAUCAAACUUUCACUUAGCAAGCGCCAAGUAUGAAAACAGCUGUCGUGGUUCCUUCAUAAGACUAGAAUACUUUCCGACACUUUGCUAGAAAAAAAAAAAAUCAAAGCUGUGCCUUUGAGUCUAUACUAUACUGUGUAUGUGUGGAAAUAAAAGUGUAUUGUACUUUGGGAAAAUUUUUUCGUAGGUAUUUUUUUUGUCAGAUUUGUAGCUAUUUGUGAGGUUUGUUAGAGAUUAACAUAGGUUUUCUUUCUGUAUUAUAAGAUGCACCAAGCAAUUAUGGUGGACCUAUUACCCUAUGGGUAAGAAAUAAAUGGAAAUAUGACAUCGGAUGUUUUAGCAAAUGUUCUGUAAAUAAAAUGUUUGAUCACACCACCCAGUGUGAUAAUCAUGUCUACAGCUAAAAUGGAAAUAGUUUCACUAUCUGUACAGUUGUGCAAGAUAUGAAUGGUUUCACACUCAAAUAAAAAGUAUUGAAGUGA